AUGCCUACAACGGAAGUCAUUAGCUGUGCCCUGGUAUCGGGAAGCAAGCCCGGCGACCCGGAUAAUGAGGCGGCCAAGGUGCUGAAGGAAGUUGGCGACACGCUGUCAAACCAGAAUGGCCUGCAGCAGGCCCAGUUCGGAAUGCAGAUCGAGAAGGAAAACAUGCUGCAGAUGUUUAUGGGUACGUUUGCGAUCCGAUUUGGGCGUUGGACGCGGGAUGGUUCGCGGGCAGAAGCUGACGGGUCGCACAGAUUGGGACUCCAUUGCCUCUCACCAUGCGUUCGAGAAGACCGGGGCCUACAAGCCGUUCCUACAGCGAUUCAUGACGAUUGUCGAUGGAGAGCCCACGAUCUGCCAUGUGGAUUUCAAGCCAGAUGGAGCGCUGCCUCGCGCUCUCUCUGCACCGGUGACGGAGGUCGCGACCUUCUACUUUGCCGGCGAGGCGCCAAAGGACUACCUCGAGAAAGCGACGAGAUUCUUGGCCAACAACGAAGGCGAAAAGGUCGAUGGCUAUCUCGGCGGUGCCGUCGGCACUACCUACGAGGAGAUAGAGCGCGAAGGCGUCAAGGGCAAGGGCGCGGUAUUGGUGAUUGGAUGGUCGUCGGUCGAGGCGCACAUGAAGUUCCGCGAGACGUCGACGUUCAAAGACAACAUCCAGCUCCUGAGGCAGGGAGCACAGAAGAUAUCGAUGAACCACGUGCCGUUCAUGACGUUCAUCAAGGAUUAG